CCGCCCUCUCUGUAACUCUGGCAGUUGAUGUAUAAGGGUUCAAAGAGUAGAGCCGCAACACUCCCACAUUUCACAGGGCGGUACUGCGCCCUGAAACGUCUGUGUUCAGUGUAACAUCACCGUUACGUUACGCACCCAGCAGGGUAUUGCCUUCCUGAGAUACUAUAACUUUACGCUUGUGGUUAGUCAGACAUGGCUGCCCAGUGUGUAACCAAGGUGGAGCUGACUGUCUCCUGUGACAAUCUCCUGGAUAAAGACAUCGGCUCCAAAUCCGACCCUCUGUGUGUCCUGUUAAUGAACAGCGCUGAAUCGCAGUGGUAUGAGUUGGGACGCACAGAGAAAGUCCAGAAUUGCCUCAACCCAAAGUUUGCCAAAAAGUUUGUCAUCGACUACUACUUUGAGAUAGUGCAAAAACUGAGGUUUGGGAUUUACGACAUCGACAACAAGACUAUUGACCUGAGUGAUGACGACUUCCUGGGCCAGCUGGAGUGUACUUUGGGCCAGGUUGUGUCCAGUAAAAAACUGACCCGACCGCUUGUCUUGAAGAACAAAUCACCUGCAGGAAAAGGAACCAUCACAAUCAUUGCUGAAGAAAUAAAAGACAACAGGGUGGUGAAUUUUGAGGUGGAAGCAAGGAAACUGGAUAACAAGGAUUUCUUUGGGAAGUCCGACCCUUACCUGGAGUUCUACAAGCAGACAGAAACUGGAUGGCAGCUGGCUCACCGGACAGAGGUGGUGAAGAAUAACUUGAAUCCAACAUGGAGACCCUUUCGAAUCCCCCUGCAGUCUCUCUGUGGAGGAGACAUGGACAAACCUAUAAAAGUGGAGUGUUAUGACUAUGACAGUGAUGGCUCACAUGAUCUUAUUGGAAUCUUUGAGACCACGAUGACGCGCCUCAAAGAAGCAUCACGAACUUCUCCGGCAGAGUUUGAGUGCAUCAACAGUAAAAAGAAACAGAAGAAGAAAGGUUACAAGAACUCCGGAGUUGUGAGCGUGAAGCACUGCCAGGUGGUGAAGGAGUAUACGUUCCUGGAUUAUAUCAUGGGAGGUUGUCAAUUAAACUUCACUGUGGCUGUCGACUUCACAGGCUCCAACGGGGAUCCCAAGUCUCCUCAGUCUCUGCAUUACAUUAGUCCUCAGGGUGUUAACGAGUACCUCUCUGCCAUCUGGUCCGUGGGCAACGUCAUCCAGGACUAUGACAGUGACAAAAUGUUCCCCGCCUUUGGCUUUGGAGCCCAGAUCCCCCCCAAUUGGCAGGUUUCCCACGAGUUUCCUCUCAAUUUCAACCCGUCAAAUCCGUUCUGUGCAGGUAUUGAAGGGGUCGUGGAGGCCUACAGGGUUUGUCUCCCCCAGGUCAAACUCUAUGGUCCCACCAACUUCUCCCCUAUCAUCAACCACGUGGCCUGCUUCGCUAAGCAAGCCCUCCAGCAGACCACUGCAUCACAAUACUUUGUUCUGCUCAUCAUCACCGACGGAGUGAUCACUGACAUGGAUCAGACACGCAACGCCAUCGUCAACGCCUCCCGUCUGCCCAUGUCCAUCAUCAUCGUGGGAGUCGGGGGGGCAGACUUCAGUGCCAUGGAGUUCCUGGAUGGAGACGACGGGCGUCUGCGCUCUCUGGCUGGCGAAGCCGCCAUGCGGGACAUCGUCCAGUUUGUGCCAUUCAGGCAGUUCCAAAAUGCUCCUAAAGAAGCACUGGCAAAGAGUGUGCUGGCAGAAGUCCCAGGUCAGCUGGUGGAGUUUCUCAACAUCAUGAAGCUGAGCCCACCUAACUCCAAUCCUGCACCAGACCCUGCAGGGAAAAUCUAAUGGUCCAAAAACCAGAAAAGGAAGAAACAGUCCAGCAUCAUCUCUUGUACACAUCAACCAGAUCCCUACUUCAUCUCAUUAGACAAUUACACAUCCUCUCCUUACAGUUGUGUUACUCAACCCUCAACUAAAUACCAGCAUGCAGUUAGUUCAUGACAUCCAGACCAAUCACACACAAUACAUGCUAUACAAGCACUCACACUGUUGACCAAUCUCUCUCUUUUUUCAUGUAUCAGUGUCAAAAUAGAUCUAGGUGGAUACUAACAUCCAUGCAUGCUUAUUUUAGCUGCUAUUCGGUGCUCGUGUAGCUUAGAAAAAGAAAAAACGAUUAUGAAAUCAUUCCAUCAUUUCUAAAGAAUAAGUUGUUGGGAACAGCAGACAAGAUAAGCACACAAACUGAAUGCUGCAAGCUCUUCAUGUUUUUCUUUCAGACUUCCCAGAAACACUGCAUUUUUAUUUUGUUAUUGUUAUAUUAUUAUUAGAUCAUUAUUAUUCACCCUACUGCUGUUUUAUAAUGCAUUACGAGAGUGUAAGCCUGAUUCUUGUUAAUGUCUGUUUGAAGAUCUAGCAUCAAGUCAAACUUGUUAUGAUAAAGGUUUUUACACGUGUAGAUCACAACGGUGAUCUUCCAACCAUGGCGUCAAAAAAGCUGGUGUGACUAAGUACAGCCUACAGGUUUGUGGACGCCCCCUCAUGUACGAUAUGAUGUUUACAUCCUUACAGGAAAUGGCUGCAUUCCCACCCAUAACAUAAUCAUGUGCGUAUAGCCACGUAGCUUUGUAGUUGCUGUUGUUUUGGUAAAUGGAGUAUGUAUUAUCAUAAAUGUGUAUUGUUGCCCAUACUUUCCUUUGCACUUGCCUAUAAUAACCUUGUGCUGUAUUAUACAAAUUUUAGCAUUUAGUCAUUUAAAUCAAAGCUAUGUGUGUGUGGGUUGAAAACCCCGUAAACGGACACCUGUGUAAACCAUUAAGUAGUAAUCUGAAAUAUUCGGGAAAAAAAUAGAUUUGUUUGUUAAUUAACUGUUGUUUUCCAUUGUGCCAGUUACAUUUAGUUUGCCUUACAUGUAUCUCCGAUUAGUAAAGAGACCAUGGUGGAAGUUUCCUGGACAUGGAUCAACAAGUCCCAGACUAAUGAAGUGUUUUCUCAAUGAUAUAACCAUCGAGUUGUGAUUUAGUCAAAGUUUAAUCUUUGUCUGGGAAACUGUCCUUAUAUGUAUGUCAGUAUUAAAUGUCACUAUAGAAAAAGGAAACUAUUUUUUUUAUCUGUAUGUUCACUACAAGUGUGUCUAUUUCUGCUGCGCUUCAUUGAUUAUUGUUUUUAUAUGAUCAUAACAUGAAAACAUGAAAAACAUAUAUCUUCUGUAUCAUAUUGUGCACCAACUGCUUACUGCUCUAACAGUAAUGGGUGAUGUGCCUUAGUGCCAACAUACAGAAAGUGCAACAGGCUUGCCAAUAAAGUACCUCUUACUCAAAACAAA